AUUGCAUUCAAUAAAACAGACUAGUUUAUAGAUCGUGCAUCCACAACUCCCUACUUUAUAUCUAUAAGUGAACAUUAUCAAUUAAUAUUUGUUCAUUGUGCAACCUCCGAUUUUUAUUUUUCCCAAGUAUUUGCCCCUAUUACCGCCAAGAUUGUACGUCGGUAAAAUAUUCGUACUAGAGAAAAAUAUAUAACAUUUUACUUCUCCACAUUUAAAAACAUUCUAUCAAGACUUAUACAAUUUACGAAAUGUCAUCUUCAAUGAGUUUUGCAGAAUCAUACGUACUUGCCUCCAAAGUGAGGUCUAAGCUUACUAAAGAAGCUUCCAACCCAAAAUCAAGUCUUCGCGUCUUAGUGACUCAAGCCAAUAUGCUUGACAACUUAAUGGAUCACAUUGCUCAUGAAACCGUGAAAAGAAACAGAAAACUUAACACUGUUGUCAUUGAUGAACUCCCACAAAAUGACUCCACUAAUAAUAACAAGCACAUAAGUUUUUCUCUUCCACAAAGAACCAUCCCACAAUCCACCAGUGUUGCUGAAUAUGAAGUUGAUUCCGAUUCUGAUUCCGAUAGUGAUUCAGACUCAGAUUCAGAUUCAGAUUACUAUUACUCAUCAGAUGAAGAAGAAUCUCAAGAUAUCUCCCAAUCAAUUACUUUCAACUCCACUCGUAACUCAAGUCCAAUCAAAAGAUCUAAUCUGCAAUCCAUGUUUAAUGAUGUUCCAUCUAUAGAUUUAUCUGUUCAAUACGAAUCCGACCCUUACCUUUCUGUGAUCAUGGAAGAAGAGGACUCUGAUGCUUCUGAAGAUUCUGAAGAAGAUUCAGAAGAAGUACCAGCACAACAUGAAGUUCCUGAAUUAUGUCAAAGUCAAUCCCUCACUGAUGAUGAAGACACUGACUUUGAACAGCUUUACACUCUUGAACUGUCGCAAAUUCAUCAUAAGCCGCGUUAUGUGGAAUCUAUAGAUAGUAAGCUAGGCAAGAAACACUAUGCCCAUGAAAAUAACAACAUACAUCAAGCACAUCAUCAAAGACAUAAAGCUAUUAUGAGUAUGAAGGAAAUUUUUUAAUGCUAUGUUUCUACUGCUACGAUUUAUGAUGCUUACGACUUACGACUUACGAUUCACCUUUACCCCACUCAUAUGAUUAAAUAUUAGUUAACUUAUUUAUUAUAGAUUAUGAUUUAGAUUCAUUU